AGAACGCGUCUCACAGCCUCACUACACACACACUGAGAUGAGAGAUGGUUCCACUGUAAGACCCGACCAUACUUUCUAGAACUUUCAUACUUGAGACAUUAUCACAGCAGAGCGGAGCCCGAAACAACAAUAUGACGGGGAACUCAUCGCUUUCAAGACUUUGAUUCUCGGAGAAGAGCAAGCCUUGGGGAUACUUACGUACUUUGUUGUUAUGGAAACCGGAGCCCGGCAGCGGACGCAAGGACCGCUGAAGGUGGAAUGACCUGGCCAGACCGCAUCCUCCACACGUUACUGUCACGCUGAGAGAUCAAGAAUGCUGUGGAGAAUAACCAUCGCAGCCAUUCUGGCUGGAGUGCUCUGCAUCACGGCAGAAACCAAAAAGUCACGCCCGCAGGGCUACAUCCCGUCGCCGUACAAGACCAAAGGGAACCUGUCAUCCGAGCGCCACCAGCGGCUACUGCAGCAGAGGCCCGAGGUGCUCUCGUCCAGCCGCGAGGCCUUGGUGGUGACCGAGCGGCGCUACCUGCGCAGGGACUGGUGCAAGACCCAACCCCUGCGACAGACCAUCAGCGAGGAGGGUUGCCGGAGCCGCACAGUAGUCAACCGCUUCUGCUACGGCCAGUGCAACUCUUUUUACAUCCCCCGACACAUGGGCCCCAGCAGCUCGGGACACGGCCAGAAUCGAGGACAAGGAAGGAAAAACCACAGUAAGGCCCAGGAGCCGUUUCAGUCGUGCUCCUUCUGCCGGCCGCACCGCGUCACGCAGCUCACGGUGCAGUUGGAUUGCCCGAACCUGCAGCCCCCUUUCAGGCACCGCAAAGUGCAGAGGGUCAAACAGUGUCGCUGCAUGUCUGUGGACGUCAGCGGCCACGGAAAGCUCUGAAGACCACAACCAAACUCACCAAAUGAUGCCAAAAAAUGUCCCGUCUCCUUGUUUGGAACUCAAGGAAACAGAACAACAAGACUGAUGAAAUCAAAGACUCAAGGACAUGUUAAGAGACUAGCACAUGUCCACCUGGACCAGACAUUUUCCUUUACUGCAAGGGGAAGGAGUCCAGAAUCCCCCAAAUAUCCUGAACCCAAACUGUGAAAAGGUGUUUACCUGUACCGUGUUACUUUUCCUUAACCCUUCUCGUCUUACUAUUCGGCAUCCUAAGUGAUGCACAAUGGGUUGUGAAAAGGCAACACGAUAAGAACAUUUUACAUGUUUGGACACAAGUAUACUAAAAAAACUAAGGAGAAAAAAAAUACUGCUCAACAUGUUCUCACAAGAAUUUAGUAGGAAAUUAUACAAAAACUUUUACUAUGGAUGACAUGGCGAAUGGUAUAUGGCUGACAUGCUCCACAGAAUUUGUUUAAUGCAUUCUGUAUUCAGAUUGUUAAAAACAUUUAAAUGUAAAUACUUUUUUCCCUAGAAUCUCCCAAAGACAGUACAUUUUCCAUAGCAUUUGUUUUUUUGUAUAAAAUCCAACGAAAUUCUUGUGAGAAUAGGCUGUACUGCUGCAUGUGUAAUUGAAGUGCAAUGCAAUAUAUAUGUACAUAUAUAAAAUACAAUAUAUACAUUAUGUAUGUGUGCAUAUGUGAAAAAGUAUAUUAAAUCUAUUUCAUAUAAAUCUAUUGUUUUCAGGAGAGUGACAAACAGGAACACAAAAAAAAAAAAAAACACCAAAUUGUAAAAUUACUAUUUUAUUCAAUAAAUAUAUGUAUAUAUCUUUUUCAGGUUCAAAAGGAAUUCGACCCAAAACAUGUCCUGUAAUCCUCUCGUUCUGUCAGCACAUAUAUGUGAAUAUGACAAAACGAGCUGAUGGGUAUUAAACUAUAAAACAAGCGAUAAUAGCUUGAUAACAUCAGAUCAUGGCCACUUUAAGGGGCGGUUGCGGUCUUUUCAGUGACGUGCAAAUGUGGCCGGGGUGCAAAACGCGCGACUGCCAGAAUGCCAUGGGAUGAAAGUAAACUCAUGUCUUAACCACCUUUGCUUGAAACAGAAAUGUUGAAUUAAAAAAUGAUUUGACCCUCAAAUCAUCACCGCACUUCUUUGUCAGCUACUCUUGUGUAAAAAGGCACUGCUUCACAAAUAAAAAGUGCUUUCUUGUAAAAUUGGGUGGCCUAUUGUAACAUAAGGAAAAGAAAAAGUUCUACAUAUGGCUUAUAAAUACACCGCAGGGAAACAGUAUUGCUACGAAUUUGCUACGCCCUAAUCCCCAAGGACUUGAGGUUUUUUUUUUUUUUGUUUGUUUGUUUUUUUUU